GUGCACAGCAGAAUGAGGUGCAAGAAGACAGAUAGCCCAUUAACUUCAAUGGACUUUAGAAGAUCAAAGUGUGCUUAGCACACUGCAAAGCAGCAGAGUGUCCUGUUUUUCAUACUAAUCAAGCUACAAGUGACGUGCCAUUGCAGACCUCAGCUGAGCAAAGUGUUGACCUUUUUGUCUAAUGUUUAACUUUCGUUAAUUUCAGAGUUACUGUGUCAGGAAUGCAAUUUCCGGGGUUUUAUUGUAAUUCGUGAAGUUCACCGGCAACUUACUAUUAAACAUCAUGCAUCCAUGGCCAUCAAAACAUAACUUAUUCGCUUACCCUUUGCAGAACUGGAUCUUCAAUGGCUGGGGCAAGAUUGAGCAAGUGGCUGAAAUGAGUAUGAACACUAUUCUAGAAGAGAUUCUGAUUAAAAGAUCGCAACAGAAGAAGAGGACAUCUCCUUUAAACUACAAAGAGAGACUUUUUGUACUUACAAAAUCCAUGCUAGCGUAUUAUGAAGGUCGACCAGAGAAAAAGUACAGAAAGGGUUCGGUUGAUAUUUUCAAAAUUAAAUGCGUGGAAACCGUGAAGAGUGAUGGUGUUAUUCCCUGUCAGAAUAAAUAUCCAUUUCAGGUUGUAUAUGAUAGUAGCACACUUUAUAUUUUUGCUCCCACUCCAUGCAGCAGAGACCACUGGGUACGGCAUUUGAAAGAAGAAAUAAAGAACAACAAUAAUAUAAUGGUUAAGUACCAUCCUAAAUUCUGGACUGAUGGAAGCUAUCAGUGUUGCAGACAAACAGAAAAAUUAGCACCUGGCUGUGAAAAAUACAACCUCUUUGAAAAUGGUAUAAGGACAUUGCCUACACCAGCACCAGAUAAAAAUAAGUUUCAGAGAAGGCCUCCACCCCCUAUUCCUCCAGAAGAAGAGGAGGAAGAUGAAGAAAUAGUAAUCGCCAUGUAUGACUUCCAGCCCACAGAAGGUCAUGACUUGAGACUAGAAAAAGGUGAAGAAUAUACAAUCACUGAAAAAAACGACAUUCAUUGGUGGAAAGCUAGAGAUAAAUAUGGAAGUAUAGGAUAUAUUCCAAGCAACUAUGUAACAGGGAAAAAGUCCAACGAUCUUGACCAGUAUGAGUGGUACUGUAGAAAUCUGAACAGAAGUAAAGCAGAGCAGCUCCUCAGAAAUGAGGAUAAAGAAGGUGGUUUUGUGGUGAGGGACUCCAGUCAACCAGGUUUAUAUACAGUAUCGCUUUAUGCAAAAUUUGGAGGAGAAGGGUCCUCUGGAAUAAGACACUACCAUAUCAAAGACACAAUGACCACACCAAAGCAGUACUACCUAGCCGAGAAGCAUCUUUUUGACUCCAUUCCAGAGUUAAUUGAGUAUCAUAAACACAAUGCUGCAGGACUUGUGACAAGGCUACGAUAUCCAGUGACUCCAAAGAAGAAAGUCACACCAACUACUGCAGGAUUCAGUUACGAGAAAUGGGAAAUUAAUCCUGCGGAGCUCACUUUUAUGAGAGAACUGGGCAGUGGCCUCUUUGGGGUAGUACGUCUGGGCAAAUGGAGGGCACAGUAUAAAGUGGCCAUCAAAGCGAUCCGAGAAGGUGCAAUGUAUGAGGAGGACUUCAUAGAGGAAGCUAAAGUCAUGAUGAAGCUAACCCAUCCUAAGUUAGUUCAGCUAUAUGGAGUCUGUACUCAGCAAAGACCUAUUUACAUAGUGACAGAAUUCAUGGAGCACGGCUGCCUUCUGAAUUACCUUCGGCAGAGACGUGGGCAUUUUACUAACGAUAGCCUGCUAACAAUGUGCCAAGAUAUAUGUGAAGGAAUGGAGUACCUAGAAAGAAACAGCUUUAUCCACAGAGAUCUAGCCGCUCGGAAUUGUUUGGUGAAUGAAACAGGAGUGGUGAAAGUGUCUGACUUUGGAAUGACAAGGUAUGUUCUUGAUGAUCAGUACACAAGCUCUUCAGGUGCUAAGUUUCCAGUGAAGUGGUGCCCACCAGAGGUUUUUAAUUAUAGUCGGUUCAGCAGCAAAUCAGACGUCUGGUCUUUUGGGGUUACCAUGUGGGAAGUGUUUACUGAAGGCAAAAUGCCUUUCGAGACAAACACAAACUAUGAAGUGGUGACUAUGAUUAGCCAAGGGCACCGGUUAUUUCGGCCAAAGUUAGCCUCUAAGAAUGUUUACGACGUGAUGAUGCUGUGUUGGCAAGAGAACCCAGAGAAACGUCCUACAUUUCAAGAUCUCCUUCAAAAGAUUUAUGCCAUAUCAGAGGAUGCUUCUUGAGAAGGAAUGACAGAAGCACAGAAGGUCACAGUAGAGCUGGCCAGAGAUGCUGCUGUGCCUUUUCUUGUUAAAGGAUAGAUCCUGGAUGCUGCUGAAUGGACCACAAAGGGACAAAGCAAUAAACAUGUAAUAUUUUCACAUGAAGAAGGGUUUUACCAAGACAUCCAUAGUUUCCUUAGCUACUUACGUGAUGCUCUGUCUGAAAUGGACAUCCAGGAGAGUUGCCAAAGAGAAAAAGUAGACCAGAAACCCCAACUUGACUACUAAUGAAGGGUGCACAAGUCUUUUUCUCAUUUCUAAUUUCAGAUAAGUUAUCAAUCACUAUUCAAUUACGAUGAACUGGUGUGUGGUACAGUGGUUCGGGAGCGUCCAACUAAGAUCUGGAAGAACCAGGUUGGAAUCCCACUCUGCCAUGGAAGCAUGUUGGAUGACCUCGGACCAGUUACAUGCACUCAGCCUAAUUGACCUUCUCGGAAUUGUCUUGAGGAUAAAAUAGAGGACAAGCCACGUUGGGUCAUCAUUGGGGUGAAAGGUAGGGUAUAAAUGAAGUCAACAGCUAAGGUGAAGAAGAAUGACGCUUGUGUAAGAGCCAGCUGUGGCCACAUCAUUGCUUUCAGGGCAUUGUCUUGAAAAGCCAGCAUCUCUCAGUGGCUGGUCAAAGCUAUAAAUAUUGCUGCUAGUUUAUAACCACAGACAUUCUUUUAAAUGUACCUUUUUGAUAGUAAGCACUGAUCAGUGACUGUCUUGCAUCAAAGACAGUGCUUUUAUAUAUUAUCACAAAGUCUCCUAGAGCAGGGGUGUUAAACUCAUUUGUUAUGAGGGCCGGAUCUGACAUAAAUGAGACCUUGUUGGGCCGGGUCAUGCCAGGCUGGGCCAAGUCGGGCCAGGCCGUGUGUGUACCUAUUUAAGAUUUGGUAGCAGAGAUGUAAACUUUAUAAAGCACACAAACAGAAUUAAAUAUAUAUAUUUCAAAAAACUUAAAACUUUAGCACUCGUUGGUCUUAAAGGUGCUUUCUUUGUAUUUCUCCCAUGGGAUCCAGGGAACUGGGUGAAGGAAGCUCUGGCUCUUUCCUUCCUUCCCCAGGGGACUGGGGGGGGGGGGAGCCUCAGCCAAUAGAAGGGAGGCUUGGCUCAGUAGCUCCACUGUGCAAUUGAGAGAGCCUGGAAAAACAAGCUCUGCCCCCCCCUUCCUCCCCAAGCGAGAAGCCUCAGCUAAUAGAGGAAAUAGAUGUUUUGCUCUGUAACUCCUGCGCAAUUGAGCAAGCCUUGCAAAGCAAACUGUUAUGCAAAAGGAAGCAAGAUAUAGGGAGAAGGAAGCAGAUGACUGCCAGUUGCUCGGGAGCCUGAUAGGAGCCUUCCGGAGGCCUGAUUUGGCCCUUGAACUGCAUGUUUGACACCCCUGUCCUAGAAAGUUUUAAGUAGCUGGCAGAUCUAAAGCCAAUCGUAUCAACAGGACUGCUGUGUGCAUCAUAGAACAUAGUGAUAGAGCAUCUGAUACAUAGAGCCUGGGGGGGGGGGAGUGUAUGUAGUGAAACUUCUGGUUGGCUGGACCAGACACUGUUGUAAUUCAUCCUGAGCCCAUAGGAAAGCACUGUGAACAGACCAAUAAGGAAGCAACUGGAGGAUGAACUUUGACAUAGCAUUCUUCAGAGUAAUUUAUAUAGCCUGCACAUUGUAAAUAUUCACUGAACACAUGUAUUUAUAUGGAAUCACAACUGUAUCUUUGACAUGCAGCAUUUGUAACAAAAGCAAAUGUAAAAGAAAAACACAUGUACUCUGAA